UACUUUUUUUUUUAUUAACAUUGUUGAUCAUCCUCACAACUUUCAUUGUGUUCGCAUCUUAAUAAUUUGCAGCACUGCCCUAAUAUUGUGAACUUUAAAAAGUUAUCUCCCUAAAUAACAAAUAAAGGAUUUUGUCAGGACAGUUUUCACCCACGAAAAUAAAUAAAGUAUUAUCAACCAUUGAUUGACUUAUCAUGUUUAUUCUGAGUCCAUGUAUUUUGCAAUUUCCCUGAUAAGUAUGAUCUACUGUACAUCAUUUUGGCAGAUUUCGGCGAUGAAGCAGUGCAGACGCUCCGCCAUCAGUUUGAACCAAUGCUGAAGGAUGCUGGGGUAGAUCUUGACUCUCUUGGUGUAGAGUGGGACCUGUUCAAGGCAAGAACAUAUCAUGUGAAGAAGAGCAAGAAGGGCCAGCAAUGGACAAGCAUCAUACCUGAUCUUCAAGGGGACAUGCCAAACAUAUGUUGCUUGAUGGACCUUCUGCUGAGCAUUCCAGCCAGCUCAGCAGAAGCAGAACGUGGGUUUAGCCGCCUGAAGCUGGUAAAAACGAGCUUAAGAACAUCUCUCAAGGAUGAGAAUGUUACUAACUCGAUGCUAAUCGUGAUGCACAGCCCCAGUGUUGCAGAAUUUAGCCCUCAGCCGGCUAUAGACCUGUGGUGCUCGUCAGGAAAUCGGUCAAGGAGGCCAGAAAUGGUGCACCGUAGACCAGGCCCUCACUCCGACUCAACUGAUUCAUCAGAUCAUAGUGAUCUUGAUGAGGACUUUGAUGUGGUUGAAUUUGAUGAAGUUGAUGAACUAGUAGAUGAAGUUGACAGUCACAGUGACACCGACAGUGGCUGAAGUCAAGAAGAGUCAUAUGACAAGCCCAGGCCCCUUUGGAAACUUGUUUUAUCAAAUCUUGAGUUACUUAAAAUGUUUAGUCAGCAUUUGAUUUAUUUUUGGCAAUCAAAACAAUUAUCUGCAAAUUAACCUGCCUUUCAUGUAAAAAAAAAGAAAAGAUGUCUUUGGACGUGUUGUUAA